AUGUACCCCGAGCUGCUGCGCGGCUACAGCAGCUUUGCUGUCAGCGAGGGGGGUUUGCUGCUUGCUGCUGCAGCAGGAAGAGAUGUGCAGCUUUUUUCUAUGGACACUCUUGCGCUCUACGCCUACGUGCAGCUGCACUGCAGCAGCAGCAGCAGCAGCGAGAGCAGCAGCAGCAAGCAGCAGCAGCCACCAGCAGAGGAAGUGCCGACGAAUGGGCGCGCCGCAGCAGCGGCAACGCCAGCGACUGCAGCAGCAGCAGCAGCUGCUGCUGCUGCUGCUGCGGAAGAGCUGCCAGGGCCUUCGCGGGGCUGUAGCCUGCCAAACGGAUUAACGGAAAUGCCGCUUUUGCAGCAGCAGCAGCAGCAGCAGGAGCUGCAGCCAGUGCAGCAGCUGCAGUUUGCUGCAGCAGACCGCGUGCUGCUAGUGCUUACUGGCUGCUGCCGCCUUUUCUUAUUCUCUUUGCUGCAGCAGCAGCCGGCGCUGCUGCUGCUGCUGGACCUGCACCAGGUGUACAUGCAGGCCAUCCCUGCUCUGGGGCUGCAGCAGCAGCAGCAGCAGCAGCACCAAAAGCAGCAGCAGCAACUCCUCGCGAGGCGCAGCAAGGCUAAAGACGAUGAAGCGGAAGCUAACGACGACGCCGAGCAGCAGCAGCAACAGCAGAUGGAGGAGCAGCAGGAGCACAAGCAGCAGCAAGCUGGGGGGGAGUUCGAACAGGAACAGCAGCAGCAGCAGCUGGAGAGCGUCGAAGCUUUGAACUCCAAGGAGCAAGAGCAGCAGCAAGAGGCGCUGCAGCAGCAGGACAUGCAGCAGGAGAAUCAAGAGACGCAGCAGCAGCCACAGCAAACGCUGCAGCAGCAGCAGCAGGAGCUGCAGCAGCAGCAGGAGCUGCAGCAGCAGCAGAUGGCUGAAGGCAGCACCGCUCAGGCCCCCAGAGGGCGGCCUGGUGGCAGCAGCAACAGCAGCAGCCGCAGCAGCAGCAAGGGUCAAGCGUGUGCCGAGGAGCAGCAGAUGGGUGAUCCAGCAGCAGCAGCAGCAGCAGCUGCUGCUGCUGCUGCUGACACCGAGAGAGUGAAGAUCUGCUGCCUGCAGCUGGUCUCGCUGCUGCUGCCGCCUGCUGUGUCUCUCACAGAGCGGCGGGCAGAUGAUGCCUGGCGGCUUGCCGUUGCUGCUGCUGCUGCAGCAGGAGAGGCAGCAGCAGCAGCAGCAGCAAAUGCUGCUGCUGCUGCGGACGAAAAGAGUCCCCGAGCUGCUGCAGCAGGCAUGAAUGCCGCGCAGGCCGACGGCAGCCCGUCAGCUGCAGCUGCUGCGGCUUCAGAUGAAGCAGCAGCAGCAGCAGCAGCAGCAGCAGCAACAGAUCUUGAAGCUCUAUCAGGCGGAGGCCGCAUUUCCCUGAUUGUUUCAUUUGCUGCAGACCCUCGGGCUGAGGGCGAGAGCU